AUGGCGCUCCUCAUGCUCAGCCUCAUCAUGUCCAUCGUGGGGGUCAAGCUGCUGCACCACGGGGGGCAGGAGGUGAGGGACAUGUCGCUGUCGGCCUGUCUGCUGCACGCAUACGCACAGACAGCAGGGGGCGCUCUCAUAUCCACAGACCCGCCCACGGAGCAGCUGCAGGACGACUACUCUCUGGAGGGCUCUCUGGAGGAGGACCUGCUCUCCCUCUCCCCGCCGCAGGACGCCCCCUCUGGCCUGGACUGGUUACUGCAGGAGCUGGUGGUCCUGCGCAGGGCCGUGUCAGAGCAGGACAGUGAGGGCUCGGUGCAGGCGCAGUGGAGAGCUCUGUGCCUGAAGCUGGACGUGCUGCUCUUCAGGGUCUACGUGCUGCUGUUCUGCCUGUACACGGGGACUCUGCUGCUGCUGUGGGCCGGCUGGAGCAGGGCCUGA